UAGGACCCUUUAUAUUUUCUGAACACUAAAUUUCCUUAACAAACGUUUUGAAGGCGGUCUAUUCUUUCGAGGGAUGAUUGAAAGCUUUGAGGAUCAGGGAGCGACAGUCCGGCUCCUCAUCCAGCUCAUGCAGCGGAUCUAAGAGGAGAUGAAAGCCGCAGUCUAUCACCUCCUGCUCGGCUAUUUCUGCCUUUUACGCACCACUGCUGAGGAGCCUCCUGUCCCUCAGGAGCUGCUGGAGCGACUCUCUCGCAGCGAGUUCCGCAGCAUCAGCGACCUCCAGCGGCUGCUACAGAUAGACUCCGUAGAGAAUGAUGUGAUUGAGGAGACCAAACACAGCUACCACAAGGACUUCUCUCAGAUCAGUCAAACUCAUAAGAAAACACAUUCCCACACAAGACAAAAGAGAAGCAUCGAGGUGGAAGAAGCGGUGCCGGCCAUCUGCAAAGUGCGCACAAUGGUAUAUGAAAUACCCAGGAGUGAGGUGGACCCCACCUCAGCUAACUUCAUCAUCUGGCCUCCCUGUGUGGAAAUCAAACGCUGCACAGGCUGCUGUAACAAAAACAACAUGAGAUGCCAGGCGGUGCGCAAACACUACCGUACUGUUAAGGUGGCAAAGGUGGAGUACGUACGGCGUCAGCCUAGACUGCGGGAGGUGGAGGUGACACUGGAGGACCACUUAGAGUGCAUGUGCAGCAGCAGACGGCACUUCAGCCAAAACCAAGACAGAGAACAUGGUAUCAGGUGAAGAGAUGCAGUGGAGGGGACACAACCGCUUCCGAUGUCUUUGUCACCGCCUGCUGUGGAAGGACACAUUUUAUAGAAGCUUUGUGACCUGUGCCAAGAGGAAUACGUGACCCAUUUAAAACUGAAGUGUACACUUAAGAGAUUGCAAUAAACAGCUAAACUUUCAAACCCAGAGAGGUACCUGAGACAAAAUGAAUAUUUCUCCAUGAAGGAGGGCAAUGUUUGGACCCCUGAACUUCAAAGAACACAUUGCUUAUGCUUUUCUCCUCCACCUGAGUGAUAACUCCUUAGCAUUGAAGAUCAGCUCCUGGUUGGCAACUUUUCUUCUACAGACACACAGACUCCAUCAAUUGUUCUUUUUUUUUUCUCUCUGUUGCAAAUACAAGGUAUUCAAGUCAAUGUUGUCAUUCCCACUGACCCCAUGGCAUUGCAGAACAGGGGAGAGUCCUUCUUCAUUGUUCGCCAAAGAUAAGAACAAGUUCAUUUUAUGAAAACAGACAUCAGAAAAACAAAAAGAAUCCAUUUCAAAAUAAAAAGGAGGGCUUUCCGUAAACAUGAACAGGUCCUGUGGAUUGGCAGGUGACGUACGCAGAACUCAGACAGUGGCAACUGUGGGAGCUGGGAUGAGGUUUCAUACUCCAUACUCCCUCUUCUGGUAAAUCAUUCAUGUAUAACCCCCGAUUUUUAUGAUCUUUUAAUGCUGUUUGUUUUCUACUUCUGAUACAUUUUAUCCAUAAAAGAUGGAAGCAGGAUUUUACUUAAGCAAAUAAAGAUAUUUAUAUGAAACACA